CCGCAAGGAGCUGACCAAUCGAAAAGCUCCAAAUGUUAUUCUGUUUGAAUGACGGAAGCCAGAAAGCGGUUUAGCAGUUGGACAUUGUUGACUAGAGUUCGCAGUAAAAAAAAAAAAAAAAAAAAAGCCAGCAACAAUGUCACAUACUAUGAAGACAAAUUAGUCCUUUUAUCUUCUAACGCUAUUCAACACGGUGCACAAGUCCAGUGGCAUCUUCUAACACUAGCAACACGGUGUACAAACAACACAAGCCCAGCAACAUCUUCUAACACUAGCAACACGGUGUACAAACAACACAAGCCCAGCAACAUCUUCUAACACUAGCAACACGGUGUACAAACAACAUACAAGCCCAGCGGCAUCUUCUAACACUAGCAACACGGUGUACAAACAACAUACAAGCCCAGCGUCAAUUGUGCUACAAUUGUGAUGUACAGCUCACCUGUCAUUGAAGGAAUAAAGGAAUAAAAAUGCAAAACUUCAAAUAAGAUAAGAGGAAUCAUCGGGACAAGCUUUACCCGACAUAAUAUUAUGCUAGCAAGCUGUGUAACACUUUUUGUCUAAAGUUAACGUAAAAAAAGAUGUCGUGUAUGAGCAGACAAAGUGACUGUUUCUAAAAAGAAAAUUGCAUGGGAAUGUAUGUUAGACACCGACUUUGUUUACGCUGCUGUCGAAAAGUUUGCGUGGCAUGUGGUUGGGAUUGCGUGACAUGUGGUUGAGGGUGCGUGACACGUGGUUGAGCUGGCAAAUAGACAAGACUCACAUUUGCAGGUGUCUUGCCAGCACCAGCUGUUGCGGUUUUGUCGAUACUUAUUCCUUGGCAAAUCUAACUCGCAUGAAACCUCACUUCUUCUGGACUAGCCGCCAUUUAGAGUUUUUUCUUUCUUUUUCAAGCAAGAAUGGGUACCCUAAAAGAGUACAGGGUUGAACUACCCAUAUCCGUCGAGAACUAUAGGAUAGCUCAAUUGUACACAGUCACUGAGGCGAGUAUGAACGAAACCGGUGGAGGAGAAGGCAUUGAAGUUGUAAAGAACGAGCCAUAUGUGGAAGGUAAAGGGGAAUUUGGUAACGAUGUCACCGAACCUGGACAGUACACCUUAAAGAUAAUGCACCUGAAGUCCAAAGUACCCCAAUGGAUAGUUAAGCUUGCACCAGAGGGAGCACUCGAGGUGCACGAGGAAGCAUGGAACGCAUACCCUUACUGUAAAACCGUUUACACAAACCCUUACAUGGGGGAGAACUUCCAUGUCAUCAUUAAGACAUGGCACAAGGAAGGCCCAAGCAGCAGACACAGCAACGUCCACGAAUUGAACGAGAGCGAAUUGGCAAAAAGAGAGGUCAUAGAUAUUGAUAUAGCAGCCGAAAAGAAGCUUGUUGGACCGCAUGAUUACAAAGAGGACGAAGACCCGUUACUUGUACGCAGUGAGAAGGCAAAUUGCGGUCCAUUAACGCCUGAUUGGAACAAGGGCGCUUCCGACACGACUAAGGAUGGGUAUCCCAUGAUGACGUGCUACAAGUUGUACGAUGUAAGAUUCAAAUGGUGUCUUCUCCAGACGGUCGUCGAGUCAGAGAUUGGCAAAGCUGUCUACAGACUGCUUCGAAACUUCCACCGUCAAAUGUUCUGUUGGAUGGAUAGAUGGUAUGGUUUGACCUUGGAUGAUAUAAGAAGAAUCGAGGACGAGACAAAGGAUAAACUAGACAAAAUGAGAAACGAGGGCGAAGUGAAAGGAAUGAAAUGUGGAUAGAUGUCGUAGAUGUCAAAAUAUCUUUACGAACUAUAUACUACUAAGAGCGAGACAUCAUUUCGUAUUUGUUGAACUGAUUUACGAUGUAAUACUAAGUUUUAUUGGUGAGCUGUUGGUAACUCGAAUACCCAUCAGAUUUGUCUGAUAUAUAUUUAUGUUUGACAGUACGACUAUUUAUAUAAAUACUUAGACAGUCACCUGUCGAUUCUGUUCAUGCUCAUUUUGCUUAUUUAUUGGAUACCCAUAAAGCACUGCGGGUUACAAGACACUGAUUCUCUGAGUGCACAAAUUUAUGGGCGGCGGGCAGGGAGGGGAGGCAAGGGGGAGGAUGUGUUUUGAAAGCAGUACGUCUAAAUAAAAAAGCGAUUCAUUUUU